UGUCGUCUGAUCUGACGCUGGAGCUUUGAACGUAACUGUCUUGCGUGCCAGAUGUGGAGGAAGACUAAAAAUAAUCUCCCAGGCUAUCACUGAGGGAGAAACACGUGCUCGGGGUGAGCUCAGGAUCCAAGGACCCCAAUCCAAGGGGAGCCAAGAAAGUCCCCCAGCGCGUGGCCCCGAAGCCGGGCUCUGGGCAGAACACACACGGUGGGAGCUGGUCCUUCCCAGGCUGCACCCCUCCCACCCCCGUCCGGGGCUGCCUGCCUCCGCUCUGAGCCCUUCACCACUUGGGCUCUGCCUUGUGCAUCGCUUAGGAAGAAAAUGGUCCCCAGAGGUUACAGACAAGGAGGACAACGCCGGGGCUGGGGCAUCUUCUUUCCCCAGACUCUGUGCAUCUUCUUGUUGCUAUUAGAUACGGGCUCUGCGAGAGGGUUAUGGAAACGGGCGGUGCACCUGAAGUUGGCGGAGAAAUCCCAAGAUUAUGAAUACCCUCUCCAUUCUCAUGGUGGCCAUCAUCCCCGGAAUGAGCGCUGUCCACCACCCCCCCAAACAUUACCGAAAGGAGCUUGUGAAGUGACCAGCUGCCGCUCAGAUUCGGUGUGUGAAAGACACAAACGUUGCUGCUUCAAUGGGUGCACCUAUGCCUGUCUGGAAUCAGUGCAGCCUCCACCAGUUCUAGACUGGCUGGUGCAGCCCAAACCCCGCUGGCUGGGAGGCAACGGCUGGCUGCUUGAUGGACCAGAGGAGGUUUUACAAGCAGAGGCCUGCAGCACCACAGAGGAUGGGGCGGAACCUCUUCACUGCCCCACUGGCUACGAAUGUCACAUCAUAAACCCCGGAAACUCUGCGGAGGGCAUCCCCAACAGAGGGCAAUGCAUCAAGCAGCGGAAGGCUUCUGAUGGACAAAGCCUAAAACAUAAAUCUUACAAGGACGUUGUGGGAAGUAAUUCGAAUUAUGUGGUCGGCUAUGAGAAAGAACGCCAGAAGCGUUUGCAUUAAUCCAACAGAUGAAUUGAAAAUGAGUGAACAAAUGAAAAGUUAUGCAACCUUGGCCCCAAAGAAGAGAUAUGAGAAUGCAACACCCUCCUUGCUUUGUAGAGGUGGGGAACUGGGAGUAUGGAGCACUUCAUGCAAUGUUGAACUUGAUUUGUUUGUUGGUUAGUUUUGCUGAAUUUUUUUCCCCACUUUUUAAUUCUUUAUUCUAAGGAAUGGCUCUAUAGGGGAGAAGG